UCAUUUUGAGAUAAUUAGCCCACUUCAUCACGGUAGAUUGCUGGCAAAAGAGAUGCCUCCUAUCCUUCCGUUCACUUCGCAUACGUAGGCCUAUCUGUCACCAUGAUCACAUAGGCCUACGCAACUAAAAUAGGCGAGAAAGACGUAUGACUGCUUAAUCUAAACUGAUUUGCACAAAAUUACAAAUGUGCAAAUUGUGUUUUUAUUAUUCAAAUCACACAACCCUCUAGAAACAUGUCAUCAAAAUGUGGUUUGUCAUGUGAGAUUGCCAAACAGCUGGAUUGGGAUAAUAGCAAACAAUAAUUUUGCACUGUUGUCCUCAAUCCUUACCAUGGCAGCACUGCUUUCCACGGAGCACACAUCUUUGACCUGGCAAAAAUAUCAAAAAUGGAUCGUCUUUUCCCAAAAUCAGGCAAUCAGCAUAUCAUUAAUCUCUGCGGUUAUCUUUUCAUCGUACGGUUAUUCUGCACUAGAUUGGCCAAAUUGUAGAUGAGCAGCUUUGGGUGUGGUUGUAUAGAGAGAUAAAGGGUAUUAAGAGAGGCAAUGGGAGCUCGGUGGAUUAUUCUAAUCCAGUGCGCUCGCCUCAGCCCUCAACGCAAGACCUGCCGCAUUCAGGCGUGGGGCAACCAUGAAGAUCAAGACAAGACGAGUGGCCCUGUUGGCUAUCCUGCUCUUAACCCAAGCGUUAAUUGGAGUUAACACUCAGGAGGAGGAAGAGCAGGAGGAACAGGAACAGGAACCGGAACCAGAGCAGGAAGAAGAGCAAGAGGAGCCAGAUAUUCAAGAAGAGGAGUCCAUCGAGACUUGGACAGGAAGGGCCUGCACGUGUGACUGCGAGGGGGGCUCCCCGUCCGGGAUCCCCACCUUCGCACCCAUCGCUACUGUGGCUCCGCCCCCACCCUCCCGCUACUUCCUGGAAUGCAUGCCAGAGUGUCCAUACCACCAAGCCCUCGGCUUCGAGUCUGGCGCAGUGACUUCCGAUCAAAUCAGCUGCAGCAAACAAGAGCAGUACAUCGGCUGGUUCUCUUCCUGGACUCCUGAAAAGGCUCGUCUUAACAGCCAAGGCUAUGGGUGUGCAUGGCUUUCAAAGUUCCAGGACACCAGCCAGUGGCUCCAGAUUGACCUAAAGGAAGUGGGUGUGAUUUCUGGCAUCCUGACCCAGGGCCGCUGUGAUGCGGACGAGUGGAUAACCAAGUACAGCGUCCAGUACCGCACAGAUGAGAACCUCAACUGGGUGUACUACAAGGACACAACAGGGAACAACAGGGUGUUCUACGGGAACGCAGACAGGUCCUCAAUGGUGCAGAACUUCCUGCGCCCGCCAAUCGUGGCACGCUACAUCCGCCUGCUGCCCCUGGGCUGGCACACGCGCAUUGCCAUCCGCAUGGAGCUGCUCAUGUGCCUCAACAAGUGCGCCUGAGCUUCUGGAAGCUUCUGAGGCCCUGGUCAACCAGACCUGAUUAUUUACCUUACUCUCCUCGUUCCCCUGCCCACAGAAAGAGUAGUGCUAACAGUUAAUCGUGUCCCCUUGUCCCCUUCUUCGUGUUCCCACCUGUCCAACACCUACUCAUUUUUUUGGUUUGUUACUCUAAAAACAUGUGGCCAAUGGUGACAACACACUUGAUGUGUUGGGUUAAAAAGAGCUUUUAGAUGGGGGAAGUGAACCAUUGAAAUUCCAUUGGAAGAAUGUGCAAUGUUAGUUAUCCUAUCCAUGUGUAACCCCUGGAUUAACCGGAUGAACGGGAUAAAAGUGAUGAGACACUUUGGCGGAUAGAACAUGCAGGUGCUAUACAUUCAAUGAAUAUGGCCAAGUGAAGGAUAGGGUGGACAGACUGUAGCUUUAUGUGUGUGGUUCUCUGUGUGUGCCCUGUUUGUGUGUGCGUCAUCAAGAGUGUGUGUGUGUGUGUGUGUGUGUGUGUGUCCGUGUGUGUGAUAUGUGGUCCUAACUGUACUGUGGAUGUGGUGAUGUAUGUGAUUACUGUUUUGAUGCGUGGUGGUGAAAUAGAGCUAAACCUCUUCUGUUUUCCUGCAAAGUGGUGGUGUCUAUUUUCUACUUUUUGUGAG